AUGAUAGUCGCAGCACCAUCUUGGAAUUCUCUUACUACAUGGCAUCCCGCAAAAGCAGGAGCUCUUACUGCAGCUGCAAGCUUUGUUGCUCUUGCCGCCAUUCUCUAUCGUCAGCUGAGUAGCUCCAACAAGGAUCAAGAAGAUAGCAUCCCAUCCCCUGAGGGAUCACUUCCAUUUAUUGGCCAUCUUUGGAAACUACGUAAGGGUGCCGUCAAGAAAUGUCUUCAAUGGCAAGAUGAGCUUGGUCCUAUCUAUCGCCUGAACCUUGGCAUGGGCAAGAAAUGGGUGAUUAUCGGUAGCCCCACCGUUGCCCAUGAGAUCUUGGUUGCCAAUGGAAGCAUGACAGCUGUUCGACCUUAUCAACGACCCAUUCAUGACAUCUUAACUCUUGGUGGAAAAGGUGUUGCUUUUGCUGAUCCAUCGAAAGGAUGGCGUAUGAUGCGAUCAGCUUUACAUGCAUUGGUUAAUCCCAAGAACCUUGAAAAGUAUAGCACGCUCUUGGAUAAGGAUGCUGACGACUUGAUUGGCUACUUUUUAUCACACAAUGGGGGCAACGUGAAUCCUGAACUUGCAUUGAUGCGUACAGCACUCAACUUUGUGCUCAUCACUUGUUUCGCUAUUAAUCUUGGCACUUUGGAUGAUCCAUUAUUUCGACGAAUUUCCAUUUCGGUGGAAGAGGCAGCUUCAUUUGUUGGCGUGAGCAAAGAGGCGCGUACUUUCCUUCCCAUUCUUGGCAACAAAUUUCAAGAGCGAUUCAAGGACUACAUCAAUAACCGACAUCACCCAUUACUUCGUGAAAUGAUGGCCCAAAGCAUGGAUACCGGCAAGGAGUGCCUUGUGCGAACAUACCAUGAGCUCCGAGAUGACGGCAUUAUCGAUGAUGACGAUAUUGUGGUUGCCAUGACGGAGAUCAUGACUGCAGGCUCGGACACCACAGUUGCCACGAUGCUGUGGCAAUUACUUAUUCUGGCCAAGUAUCCCGAAGUACAAGCCAAGAUGCAAGCUGAAGUUGAUGAGUUCGUUAAAAAGCAUGAUCGAUUACCAACCUUUGCCGAACGUGAAGCUAUGCCAUAUACUAUUGCCGCUCAAAAAGAAUGUAUCCGUUUCAGACCCACAUCUUACUUUGGUCUUCCCCAUGCUGCUGAUCGAGAUAUCGUUUGGCGCGGCAACAUCAUCGAAAAGGGUACUACUAUCGUAGGCAACAUGCGAGCAUUGCAUACCAGCACGGAGCUAUUUGAAGAUCCAGAAGAAUUCAAACCCGAAAGAUUCUUGGGUCGACCCGCUACCACCAUGUUCAGUGAAGCCAAUGGCAACGUCCAAGACCGAACCAAUUUUAUUUUUGGAUUUGGAAGACGUACAUGCCCUGGUAUUCAUUUGGCCGAAUUACAAAUGUUCAACAUCUUUGUUCGCCUAUUCCAAAAAUGCACCAUUAUGCCUGGCCUUGAUGAUAAUGGCCAACCUAUACCCAUUGAUCUUGAGAGUCUUUCAUCCAGAAGCUUUGUAUCACCUCCUGCACCUUAUCAGGUGCGCUUCGUUCCACGCGUUUAA